AUGAAAACUGUAAAUGAUGCUCGGAUAAUAUCAUUUUUCAUCGUUACUUCAGUUGUUAAAAAUGCAUUUAUAAAACAACAAGUUGUAUCGUACGAGUUUUUAAUCAAGUUAUCAGUUAAAUUUAUUUUUAACGAUCAUAAAAAUUGGAAAAUGAAAUUGUGCAUUGUCUUAGUACUUUUCUAUGGUUAUAUUUGUCAUGGGAGUGAGAUUUGGUAUCAAGCGGAAAUGUCUUCUUAUCUUGUACCACCAUUUCAGAACGUAUAUACAACGCUACAAAGAAACAUUCUCGAUAAAUUAUUAACUGUUGAUUCGAACUCAUUAAUAACAAAUGAUGCUGCCCUUAAUUCUUUCGCAUCGAAUCUUCAUUGCGAAUUAGAAAAGUUACUUGAACAUCUUGAUGCUUCUGUAGUUGCCAGUAACAAUAUCCGUAUUAAAGUUGACCGUAAACUAUCCACUAUUCUCAGCGAAAUUUCGGCUAAGGAAAGUGAAAUAGCUCGUGUUGAUGGUCAAGUUAAAGAUAUGAAUGCAAAAAUUCAAGCAAAACAGUCUCAAAUAAAUGCAGCUGAGCAAACUGUGAGACAAGCUGAAGGUUCAGUAGCAGACGCUGAAAAUGCGUUACGUCGUGCUGAAAAAGAAGUUGAAGAUGCUCAAUUAUGCGGCGGAUUAUUUGGAAGAAAAAAACGAUUUCUAGGUGACCUAUGGAAUUCAAUUCAAACCUCAGUUUUAAAACCAAUAGAAUCGGCAGUUAACACAGCAGCUGGUGCGAUAGAAUCAGCAGUUAAUACAGCAGGCGGUGCAAUAAUUGAUAAUAUAGUGAAACCUGUGUGCGGUGUCAUUAAUUUUCAACAACUUGAUAAUACAAGAAGAAAUGUUGAGAAUAAAAAAAAUGAAUUGGCUUUCUUUAGAAAUCAAGUUCAAACACUUAAGAAUGAUUUAAAUUCAAUUCAAAGCGAUUUAGUCACAUUUAAUACACAGUUAUAUAAUUUUAAUUAUCAAUUAAAUCAAUUAAAAAGUUCAUUAAUUGCGCUACCAAAUGAACAACAUAUAAUAUUAUCAAUCAAUCAAAAGUUAACAGCUAUUGUUGGUCAUAUACGGACAUCACUCGGAAAAUCAACAUCACUCGUAGAUGCAAUAACAGCAGUGGUUGAUUUCGAACCAAUUGUUAAACCAUUAAAUGCCAUUUAUGAUGAAUUACAACAAAAUCAAUUUAUGGUGUCAUUUGACAUUGGAAAAAUAUCAGUGGAGCAAAUAAAUCAAGCCAAAACCAGUUUUCAAGCACUGAUUACCUCAGCACUCAGUUUUCAAUUCAGUAUGGGAGGUACACGUUGUUCAAAGUAA